AUGAGCUAAGUUUAAAAUAGAAAUAUUUAAGAUAAAGGUGCUUCUACUUAAAACUAUGAGAAGCUAAGAACUUCAGAGCUUUAAGUUGAUAUUGAUUAGUAUAAAGAUUAAUAAAAAGAAAAUUCUAAAUUUAGCGAAUAUCUUAGUAAUCUAAAUUUUAAGCAGCACUUUAUUUUAUUUUACAUCUUUAGGUUAAUAAAUUGCUCCUUAAUCAACAAUUCAUGGGCAGCUGAUGAAUAUUGGUAGUCAGCAGAAGUUGCCCAUAGAAAUGUUUUCGGAUAUGGAAAUCUCACUUGGGAAUGGUAAAUUGAGAAACCUAUUAGAUCUCCAGUUAUUAUGCUUAUGGUUUAAAUGCUUUACAGUUUGUUAAAGGUUCUAAACUUGGAUACCCCUGAUUUGGUUGCUUAUUCACCUAUGUUAAUUAGUGCCUUUAUAGCUUCUAUAUAUGAUUUUUACCUUAUUAAAUUAGUUCAAAUUUGUCUAGGAAAGAAAUUUGUUCUUCCUUGCUUGAUAAUUAAUUAAACUCUUUGGUUCAAUUUGAUUGGAAUGCCUAGAUUACUUGCUAAUUCUUUAGAAACGUGUCUAUUGGUUGUUUCUUUUUACUACUACCAAUCUUCAAUUUUAAAUAAAAGUUCUUACGAUGAUUAUAUUUCCAGAGUUGUUGUUAUCAUUAACUUUGUAACAAAACCUACAUCUAUUAUUCCUUUCAUUUUUAUUUGGCCUAUAACACUAUUGACUAUGUAAGGAAAUUUAAAAAAGAAAUUUAACUACUUAGUCUUAAAUAUUUUUACUGUCAUUCUAAUGAUAGCAUUUUCCAUUUUAUUAGAUUCUCUCUAUUAUCAAAAGUUAACAUGGACUGCUUACAACUUUUUUGAAUUUAAUAUCCUAAACAAGCUCAGUAAUUUGUACGGAACUUAAGAUCCAUUCUUUUAUUUGUGGGCUGUUAUCCCUAAAUACUAUCAUGCAUCUCUUCCACUAAUAUUUUAUGGACUCAUAAAAUAUUACUAGCAUGUUAAAAAAAGUUAAAAUAGCUACUUUAUUAUUUAUUCCUUCUUUGUUUUACUUGCUCUUUACAGUAAAAUUGAUCAUAAAGAAGAUAGAUUUAUACUUCCAUGCAACAUUGGUUUAACUAUUUUUGUAGUUACAGCAUACACUUAUUUACCUUUCUCUAAAAUAAAAAAAUUGCUACUGGCCAUUUUUAUUUUAGUAAACAUAAUUCUUUUUGUUUACGAAGGUCAAAAUAAUUAAGCUGCAGGUUUCAAAGUUAUGAACUAUUUAAGAAAUCAAGGAGAUAAAGUAAAAUCUAUCUAUAUGUUUACAACUUGUAAUUAAACACCAUUUUAUUGCUAUUUGCAUAAAAAUAUUCCUAUGCAUUAUCCUGAAUGCCAUGCUCUCGAAAGAGUAAAGGGUGAAUAUGAUAAUUUAACACUCUUUAAAUAGCCCGAGAACUUUAUAACUGAAAGACUUAAUCAGUAUGAUCCUUCACAUUUAAUAGUAUUGAGUUACUUCUUAGAAAUCCCUUCAGUAAACUAGAUAUUUUAAGAAAGAGGCUAUUAAGAAGAAUACAGAUAAUUCCAUGAAAGAAAUGUAGGCAUUCCUAUCGGAGAAGUUUAUGACAAAGAUUUAGUAGUUAUGUCAAAAAAAAUACUAAAGCUUUGA